CCGAGAGCCAAGCUUUUACCGUUGACACUAAACGUGACUAAAUCAUGGGUGUCUGCGCCAUCCCAUUCCUCUCUGAUUUGACACAAUUAUUAGUCCACAUAUCUUACAUCCAAACUACAACGUUGACUACAACAACAUGAUGCACGGCCGCUGAAUCCAUGCCAGCUUUCCACGACGCGGCCCCGUCUGCGCAAGGGGACGACGUCUCCUCUCACCAGCACCGCAACCUCUCCGUUCCGUCUCCUCCUCUUGCUCCUGCUCCUUCUCCUCCGUCAUCCCAACCCGCCUUGUUGCACCGCACCACCAGCUCCGACCCAAACAGACUUGCCCCCGAGGACGCCUUUUUCGCACACUCGCCCCCGCGUCGUCGCCAACAACAACAGCAGCUCGUUGAUGCAACACAGGCGCCAAAGCAAUUGGUCUCGCAGGGUCUGUCCAAUGGAUCGUCGUCAACUUCGGCCGCAGCCGCCGCGGCGCUGGUCGCCAGUCGGGUGCGCGCCAAAGAACGCGGUCGCAGUGGCAGUCGCCGACGGAAAGGUGCUUGGAAGAAGCUCCUCUGGGUGAAGCAGUCUUAUCCCGACAACUACACCGACGAAGACACCUUUCUCGAUCACCUCCAACGCAAUCCUCGUCUUCAGCCCUACGAAUUCUGGCCGCUGUUUGCCGAUUCUACCGUCAUCGUCCAGCACGUAUGCUCCGUCAUCAUCUUUGCCUGCUGCUUCACCGGCAUUCUCCAAGAACGAGUCUCGCCCCUCACGGUUGUCACAUGGGGCAGUCUCGGCACCAUUGUCGGCUGGGUCUUGUGGGAUCGCUGGAUCUAUCAAGAAGAGGCGGCGCGGGUAGCCAAGGAACCGGGUCUGGAUAAUGAAGCAGAAGAGGCGGUGUCCAGUUUGAGCAACAGUGCCAGCGCCAGUUCGUCGACCAGUCUGCCGAUUUCAGGUGCUGCUCCUGCUACGACUGCCACUGCUCCCCCACAACCAUUAGGGCUUGGCCUGACCAUCCCCGGCGCGUCGUCGGGCAUUCUUGCUCCCUCGGCCAAUGGUAGCUCACAUCAUACAUCGUCGUCUUCCUCCUUUUCUCCCGUCACCACUGGCCAUCCGACCGGCGCUCCGACAUUUCCCAAUUACAGCCGCUUUCCACCGCCCGGAGUGACCGAGUCAUCUGCCUUUUCACCGCGAAACCAACAACGUCUGGCCACUGCGAAAUCGGCACUGCUCAUCUACUGUGCACUAUUGGGUCUCAGUCCGAUCCUAAAGUCCCUUACAAAGUCCACCACGAGCGACUCCAUCUGGGCCAUGAGCUGCUGGCUCAUGUGUAUCAAUAUCGCAUUUUUUGACUAUGGCGGCGGAGUAGGCGUAAAAUUCCCCGCGUCGCUGUCGACCAACGCAGCGGUCAUGGCAUCCACCGUGCUCGCAUCCCGACUGACCUCCACCCUGCACGUCUUUUCACUGACCCUCUUCUCCAUUGAAGUCUUUGGCCUGUUCCCCGUGUUCCGCCGCCACCUCCAGCACCGCUCGUGGCGCGGCCACGUCGUGCUGACCAUGGCCCUCAUCAUGGGCGCCAGCGGCAGUAUGGGCGUGACCAUCUCCCGAGGCGGCUGGAAAGCAGCCACCCUGGGCGUCAUCCUCGGCAGCAUCCUCACCGGGCUCGCCAUGGGCGGCUGCAGUUGGUGGCUGAUUGAUUUGCAAAAGUACAAGAAUGAGAUUCGUGGGCCGUGGGAUCCAGCCCGGCCCGUCAUUCGACGGCGUUGGGACUGAUUUUCUAUUUACCUUUCCUGUUUAUUUCCUCCGUUUAAUUUCCUUCUUUUUUUUUCUAUUCCUUUUUUUCCCCUUUAAUUUCCUCUUUUUUAAAACCGUUAUAUGUUAAGAUACCAUGACUGUAUAUUAUUGUAUUUUAUGACUAUUGCCUUCAUUCAUUCAGCAUCUGUUACUUCACUACGACCUAGUC